AUGGAAGAUGACGAAAGGCAUGGAAACGCCCCAAAUGUGGGCCUUAGAGCGAGUCCCGAAAGUAGCACAUGUUCCAAAAACAAUAAUAACAACAACAAGGAACAAGAUAGGUUUCUCCCCAUCGCCAACGUUGGACGGAUCAUGAAAAAGGCCAUCCCCGGCAACGGCAAAAUCUCCAAAGACGCUAAGGAGACCGUUCAGGAAUGCGUGUCGGAGUUCAUCAGUUUCGUCACCGGCGAAGCCUCUGACAAGUGCCAGCGCGAGAAGCGAAAGACUAUCAACGGUGAUGAUAUCCUCUGGGCCAUCACCACACUUGGCUUUGAGGACUACGUCAAUCCCCUCAAACUCUACCUCAACAAGUAUAGGGAGCUGGAAGGAGAGAAGCUUAAUGUCCCCAAACAACAACAGCAACAGCAGCACCACCAACAACAACAGAACGUCGUCGUUGAUCACCAGAAUUCGCUAAAUCUGGCCGCGGUUUAUAACGCCUGCAGUAGUAAUGUAUAUACAUCUUCUAAUAACUCGCCUGCCGGCCUCCUCUCCCACCAUCCCCCCUACGUGUCCUCAUCGGAUCAUCAUCUUCAACCUUUCCUUAAUUUGCCUUUCCCUACCCAUCAGAACACCAUUCAGGCACAAUUCACUCAACAAGAACACAUUACCUUUCAAAAACAAGAACGCAUUACCUUUCAAAAACAAGAACACAUUACCUUUCAAAAACAAGAACAUAUUGAUUCUGUAGGUCAUUGGCAAUAGUAAAAGUUUUAAUUGGCCUACUCCCCCUUUUACAUUUUUUUUUUUUGUUUUUUUUUUUUUUUGUUG